AUGCACACUCCUGCUGUUCUCGCUGCGACCCUGUUGCUCAGUAGUGCAUCUGUCCUUGGUAAGUUGUACUUUACAGCAAGAAAUGUGGUUUGGCCGGUACUGAUUGCUGCAGCACAUCCUGGAGGUCAUGCUUAUCCAGACUCUGGGCUUCUUGCCAAGCGCGCAGAGAAGACUGCCAGAUGUGCCAACGCUGUCGGAGCGAUGAAGCAGAAGCGUCACCAGAUGCGCAAGCGAGAGCAAGCUGCGCAGGAACUCGCCAAACGUGGAAAUGUGACCACCUUUGCCAUUCAUGCUGAGGCGCCGCAUUAUGACUUCAUCAAGAACGACACGUGCAUUCUGUAUCCAGAGACUACACAAGGUCCAUACUGGUAUCCGCCCAGUCAGCUGCUCACGCAGGACAUGGCUCAAGAUCAAGCGGGAGUUCCCUUUGAGCUUGACAUUGGAGUGAUCGAUAUGGCCACCUGCGAGCCAUUGGAGAAUGCCUUGAUCAGCCUUUGGCAUUGCAAUGCCACCGGUUCAUACUCAUCUUACACGGGACGCGACCCAAACACACCAUUCCUAACUCUCCUCGAACAGCUCGGCAUUACCGAUCCCUCGAACUACACUGAUUUCCAGUUCUUGGCCACCGAUACUACAACCUGGCUUCGCGGCAUGUGGCCAACAGAUGCUUCAGGAGCAACGAGCUUCAAAACCAUCGUCCCCGGCUUCUAUAUAGAUCGAUCCCUUCACAUCCACGCCCAGGUUCACACCAAUUGGAGUGUGACUGUGAACGGCACGAUCGACCACAGCAGCGUUGUGGAAACGGGUCAGAUUUUCAUCGACGAGCCCCUCUCGGCACAGAUCAUGGCCAUGGAACCUUAUGCCAGCCAUACGGAGAUUGAACGACUGAAGAACAGUGGCGACGGUAUCUAUGCUCAACAGGCGCAAUCUGGCGCCAUGCCAUUUGUAGAUACCGAGCCUCUGGACGGCGUUGACUACGCGAAUGGUGUCCUUGGAUAUAUCACCUUGGUAUGCCAUUUCUCAAAGUCCCGGUGGCUAUCUAUUUUUCAAGAGAAAAUCUUUGCUAAUCUUGUGUGA